AUGGCCAGCGUCGUAAGGCUAUGGAGGUCAAUGACAGCGGGCUGCUAUAAGUACGGCGGUGCCCCACAGAGCGGCAUCAGUCAGUGCACCGGCGCUACCCCUGACAGCGACAUGCAGCUCCUGGUGGCGUCCGCUCUCUUGCUGCUCGCAGGGUGCGCCUCUGCGCGGCCAGAAGCGCCUGCGCAGCAGUACGGCGCGCCAGACGCGGCUCCGUACCCUCCCUCAGGCUGGCGUCCGGAAGGUCGGCAGUUCUUCCUGCCUUCCAGGAGCUCCGGCCUGUACGCGCCGCCGCCACAGCAAUACGGCCCUCCGCCCCCGCCCGCCCCCACGACCACAGAGGCUGCCGAGACCACCACCACCGAGCUGCCCACCACGACGGCUCCCUCAGACGCGGCUGCCGACGGCUCCCGCGCCCUGGAGUCCGGCGUGUACUACCUGCUGCAGCCGGACGGCCGCCUCCAGCGCAUCACCUACCGGCGACAUGCAGUUCCUGGUUGCGUCGGCUCUCUUGCUGCUGGCAGGCCGCGCGCCUGUCCUGUCAGAAGCUCCUACACGACAGUACGACGCGGCACCGCUACCCCUGCUGACGCCUCCCGCGCCCUGGACUCCGGUGUGCGUCACGAGCUUCUGCUGCAGCCGGACGGCUCCCUGCACGUACGCGAUGCCGCCUCCGCCGCCUCCGCCGCCUCCGCAGCUGGGCUGCUGUUAUCAGUCGCCAGCCGAACCCCCUCUGACAGCGACAUGCAGCAUCUCUUGGUGGUGACGGCUCUCGCCCUGCUGGCAGGUGGCGCUUCCGCUCGGCCAGAGCCGGAAGCCCCCUACCCGGCUUCCGGCUGGCGUCCCGAGGGCCGGCAGUUCUUCCUGCCCGCGUCGUCGCGCACCGCCGGGCUGUACGCGCCGCCGCCCCAGCAGUACGGCCCGCCGGCCACGACCACCGAGGCGGCCGACGCGGACUCGGGCGCGGCCGGCGCGCGGUCGCAGGCGCAGCGCGAGCCGCUGGAGGACUCGGAGGCGGGCGUCUACUUCGUGCUGCUGCCCGACGGCCGGCUGCAGCGCAUCGCCUACGCGCACGGCCCCGCGCCCGCCACCUUCUCGCUGCUGCCCGAGCGCCUCACGCUGCCCGGCGCCGCCCCCGUGCCAGUCGACCCGGGCUACCUGGCACGCUUCCACUACCAGGACCUGCUGCCCCAGGGGGCGCCCGUCUUCGCCUACCAGCAGGCCGGGCUCACGCGCAUCGCCUGAAGCGCUCCGCGAAACUGCGUGGCACGUCUGUCUAAGGCUGUGAAUCAAUUCUUAGGUCUCCAGGUUCACCUUCGAUUCACCAAAGAAACAACACAGAAUGCUUCUCUCUUAGAUGAUAAGAAUUUCAUGAUCAUGUAUAUUUACUGUAUGUAUUAGCAAUAAAUGCUACUUUAGAGCCGUUCUUUGUACAUAAUUCCUUCUUA